AACGUUCCUUUCCAAGCGUUGACUUUGAUCUCAUAGUAACUCUAGCUUAUUCUUAUUUGUAUCUCGACUAAAGGAGAAGAGAGAAGAACUGUGUCGCCUUCUUCCUUAUUUGCCGCCUACCUCACGGUUCUACUAGAAAGUCAUUUACUUUUCAUCAUUAAACUUUUGUUCCCGAAACCAAGGCGGAAAAACAGGCGGAUUGUCGUUGAGUGGCUCGUUAUCAUUUAAAGGCAAACAAAUGCGUAGUUAAAUCGUAACGUAUCUCAAUCGGAUUCUUUUUAAUUGACUUUGUAAUUUUUCGAACUCAAAAAUUCUGAGGCGAUCGUCAAUAUUGACUUCCUCUCCACCUACGCGUUCCCCUAGCAAUUUACUUUGUCGCCCUUAUUGAACUCAUAAAAGAAGAUCUUCCGAAUUAUUCUCUCAGUUAGAUCAGAUCAGAAGUCUUGGAAAUUAUAUAUAAUAUUCCUAAAAUCAUAUUCGACUCUUAAAAAUUAACAUAAAUAAUAAUUAUUUUGCUUUACCAAUAAACGUUGUAAGAAGUUUUAUCCCAUCACUAAUCAUUUGCUAUUUUAUAACAAAUGGAAGGGAAAACGUAAUGUUCAGAGGUAGGUAUUUCAAUACUUAGUUGCAGAGAAAAUCUACAAUGAAAAUGAAAUCAAUAUUUGUGAGAAAAUCAAAAAUUAUUCGCAAAAGCGUUGCACGGUCAAUACUAUGAAAAAUGUAUUCCCUGUACUCGUGUGGUUACCCAAAUAUAAUUCAAAGUUCCUGAUGUCAGAUUUUGUAGCGGGCUUGACAGUAGGUUUAACUGCUAUACCGCAAGCUAUUGCUUAUGCUACGGUAGCUGGACUGUUACCACAAUAUGGAUUAUAUUCGGCAUUUAUGGGCUGCUUUGUAUAUAUAAUCUUUGGAACUUGUAAAGAUAUAACGGUCGGUCCCACUGCCAUUACCGCUUUGAUG